UCAUAAGGUCAGCGAGCCAGCGACGACUUGAAGUGAGUCCGCUGCUCUCCUCCUCGCUGCUCUCCUCUACAGCAUUUUGUGACAAUGCACAGCUCGCGACCGUCCUUCAUCGUAUUUUUUUUCGAAAUUUAAAAAUAAUUGGCUUGGAGCUGGCGCGAUGUUUUUCUCGUUGGGAUGGGUGACAGCUCUAGUGGCUGGCAUUUUCUCCCUGCACUUUGUACAGAAACUGUGUUUCCCUUACUUUUGGAAAGAUGUUUUUUAUUUAGUGAAAGUCAUCCGAUACGGCGCACGUCUGGAGAUAUUCAAAAUUACUUCAAAAGUUGACACUAUCAUUGACAGAUUCGUCCAACAGGCAGAGCGAAUUCCCACAAAACCUUUCCUUAUAUACGAGGGAAUAACGUACACCUAUCAAGACAUUAACGAGCGGAGCAACAAAUUGGCCAAUAUCUUCCUCGAACAGGGCACGUUGAAGAAAGGGGACUCCGUUGCGCUUCUGAUGAACAAUGAGCCCGACUUCAUUUGUGUUUGGUUCGGAUUGAUCAAACUCGGAUGUUCAGUGGCUUUUCUAAACACAAACAUUAAGUCAAGAUCGUUGCUACAUUGUUUCAACUGCUGUGGGGCCAAGACUCUUGUUGUUGGUGCAGACCUGUUGGACUCCUUGGAGGACAUCUUGCCCGGACUCCAGGAGGACGGCAUCUCGGUGUGGGCCAUGAAGAACGAGAGCAGCCACACGGAGGUCCACACUCUACUGGAUAAGAUGCACCAGGCCUCGGACAAGCCCACCCCGCCUGCCCUGAGGGCUGCCACCUCCCUCAAGGCCGCCACCCUCUACAUCUUUACCUCAGGAACCACUGGUCUGCCUAAGGCUGCUGUAAUCACACAUCUCCAGGCCCUGAAGGCUGCAGCAGGGUUCUGGGCCUAUGGGGGGUCGGAAGAUGACGUGAUCUACAUCCCCUUGCCUCUCUACCACAGUGCAGCCUCUCUCAUCGGCAUCGGGGGAACCAUUGAGAUGGGUGCUACCUGUGUCUUGAAGAAGAAGUUCUCGGCCUCACAGUUCUGGAAUGACUGUAGAAAAUACGACGUGACCAUCUUCCAGUAUAUCGGCGAGCUCUGUCGAUAUCUGUGCAACCAGCCUAAGGCUGAGGGGGAGAAGGAGCACAAGGUGCACAUGGCCGUGGGGAACGGGCUCCGGCAGGACGUGUGGCGGGAGUUCCACCGGCGCUUUGGCGAGAUCCGCAUGUGCGAGCUCUACGGGUCCACAGAGGGCAACCUGUGUUUCAUGAACCACAUCGGCAAGAUCGGAGCUGUGGGCCGCUCCAACUUCUUCUACAAGCUCCUCUUCAAGUAUGACCUGGUAAGGUAUGACAUGGUCCGAGAUGAGCCUGUCAGGAACAAGCAGGGCUUCUGUCAACACGUUAACAAGGGUGAGACGGGCCUUCUCUUGUCCAAGGUUAGCGCCUCCAGUCCAUUCUUUGGCUAUGCAGGGAGCAAACAGCUGACCGAGAAGAAGUUGAUGAGGAACGUGUUUGUGAAGGGAGAUGCGUACUUCAACACUGGAGAUCUCAUGGCUGAAGAUGCUGAAGACUUUAUCUGUUUCAAGGACAGAGUUGGGGACACUUUCAGAUGGAAGGGUGAAAAUGUGGCAACAACAGAAGUGACAGAGGUGCUUGGAAUGGUGGACUUUAUCCAGGAGGCCAAUGUCUAUGGGGUGGAAAUUCCAGGAAAUGAGGGAAGAGCCGGAAUGGCCGCCAUCAUUGUGAGGCCUGAAUGUGAGUUUAGCGGGAAGAAGCUAUUUGACCACGUCCUCAAUGAACUACCAGGCUAUUCUCGUCCUCUCUUCAUAAGGCUUCAGGAAUCAAUGGAAAUGACGGGAACCUUCAAGCAGCAGAAAUUCAAUCUGGUGGAGAGCGGAUUCAACCCUUCAACAAUCUGCGACCCGCUCUAUUUCCUGGAUUACUCAGAGAAGAGCUACGUUCCCCUCACAGACACGCUGUACAGCAGCAUUUUGGCUGGCGAGCGGAAGCUAUAGCUCUUAACCGUAGCUAAAACCACCAAUAGUUUUGGUUCACCGAGACGACGGCAGCGUAGUUGUGCUGUUUCGAAGAGGGACCGAGGGACCGUCAAUUGGGGUCCACUCCUUUGUAGUGUUAUAUAUUUGAUGGGAACCAAGAACUGAGAACCCCAAAACAAAUUCUCAUUGAAUAAUGUUUUCUGGUAUGAGUAUCCGGGUUAAUAAUGAAUAAAGGGAAGGGUCACUUAUAUUGUUGACCUUGAUCGGGGGGGUAAAACUCUGAGUUCUUGUGGGGUGUCGGUUUCCCUCCCUGCUCCUCCUCGGUUUCUAGAUCUAUUGUCAAGACGGUUCAGCUGAGAAGGCUAAAUUGACUUGAGACCAGUGAACCUCGACAAUCAGCACUUCCACUGUCCGUCUGUGCCAUUUAAUUUGCGGAUGGGGUGUCCUAAAGUGUCACUAGUUCCUCCUUGAUAUAAAGACGAAUAGUAGAUAGAGGCGUUAUGUGCUUCAUCAUGUGUUUGAGGCACUGAUGACCAAAUUCAAUAACUUUCAAGUCAUUUUGUAUAAACACAACAAAUUGAUAAAAUUCAGGAGGCACUAACCCCACAGUUUCAAUAGCCAAUGACGCCUCUGGUCACCCAACAUUCUUCCUUCCGAACUACUACACUAACCAACGUAGAUACGAAGUUUUAAUAUCAGUAAAAUGUCCAUAUGCUUUGCUAGAAAUAGUAGUAAUUAUGAGUUUUUUUUAAAUACAAAUAGUUAAGGCUCAUGAUUUAAACGAAAGUAGGUGUGCUUCGCAAAAGUAUGUUUGUUAGGUGUCCUCCAGUAACUAGAGAGAGUACAGUCCACUGGCACAGCUGUAGUUCAGUAACGGAACCAUGCAUUAUUUUACAUUUACAUUUUAGUCAUUUAGCAGAUGCUCUUAUCCAGAGCGACUUACAGUUAGUGAGUGCAUAC